CUCAGCCGCAGGACGCGCCGGCCAAGGCGAAGAAGUCAAAAACGAAGAAGGAGACCGUGGAGGACGUGCGCACGACGGUCGCCGCCCCCGCCAAAAGCACGGCCAAAAAGCAGCAGCAGCAGCAGCAGCAACCAAAAAAAAAGGCCGACCCGAAACCGAGCCCUUCCACAUCCACGCCCGCUGCACCCGCUGCACCCGCUGCACCGCUCCCCACACCUUCAUCUACGGCCACGACCCUCCCCCCGCCCCCCAAAAAUCCUAAACUCCUCGUCCAACCCACCCCAGACUGGUACGCCCUCGUUCCUCCCCUCUCCCCUCCCGCCUCCGCCCCCGUCCCCGUCCCCACCGCCACCCAAAUCGCCUCGCUCGCCAAGCACGCUGGGGACCUCCACGCCGCAGAGCUCGCAGGCUUCGCGUCGUCCCCUAACGCCGCCCUCCUCUCGUCCUCGUCCGAUCACGCUUUCCUCAAGACCAUCCUCGCGUCCGGCACGCUCAGCGAUCGGCUCAGCGCUCUCACACUCAUGGUGCAGAGCUCGCCGCUGCACAACACCCGCGGGCUCGAUGUCUUGAAGGGCAUGGCGGAGAGGGGGCGGGGCGGCGGCGGGGCGAAGGACGGGAAGGGCGGAGGUGGAGGCGGAGGGAGGGACGAAAGGCUGAAGGCGGCGCGUGCGAUCGUCGAUUGGUGGGUCGGCGGCGGCGCACCUGCCAGAAAGCUCAAAUACUUCCGCGACCAGCCCCUCCUCCAUCCGGACGUCACCGACCGGCACUUGCUGGUGUGGUACUUUGAGGAUUGGCUGAAGAAAUACUUCUUUGCGCUCUUGCAGACCCUCGAGGCGCUCUCGCUCGAUACACUCGCGUACGUCCGCACACAGGCGUUAUCUCUCAUCUUCAACCUCCUCCGCGAAAAACCGGAGCAGGAACACAAUCUCCUCCGGCUGCUCGUGAACAAGCUGGGCGACGGCGAAAAGUCGGUGUGCUCCCGCGCAUCGUACCACAUCCUGCAACUCCUCCAGACCCACCCCGUCAUGAAAUCCAUCGUCAUCCGCGAGACCACCGCGCUCGUUAUGCGCCCCGUCGGCUCCUCCGCUGCCGUGUCCUCGCUCACCGCGACCCCCGCCGCGAAGCCGCGCACCCACAUCCGCUUCGACGACGACGUCGGGGACCACAAAACGCCAAAGUCCGACGCCGCACCGCAGGGGCAAAAAUCAAAGGCGAAUGCAAAGGCGAAGGCGAAGGCGCAGCAGCCGGAGAAGAGCGCGUGGAACCUGCACGCGCGGUACUACGCCGCGAUCACGUUCAACCAGGUCGUGCUCAGCACGUCCGAGGAGGACCGCAAGGCCGCGCGCAUGCUCAUGGACGUGUACUUCCAGAUCUUCAGGGAGGUCGUCGGCGAGCGGAGCGUCCCCGAGCCCGCGGACGACGCGCCCGGCGCGCACGAUGGGGACGGGGACAAAGACAAGGCCGGGGACGCGGAGGCAGAGGCGGAGGUGGGGAAGAGAGGGAAGAGGGAGUACGGGAAGGGCAAGGCGAAGGCGGGGCCGAGGGCGAAAGAGGUGCAGGGCGCGGCGGGGUUCGCGGAGGUGCAGGACUCGAACUCGCGCCUCGUCAGCGCGAUCCUGACCGGCGUCAACCGCGCGAUGCCCUUCGCGCGCUUCGGCGGCGCCGACGUCGAGUUCCAGCGGCAUAUGGACACGCUCUUCCUCAUCACGCACACCUCGACGUUCAACAUCGCGCUGCAGGCCCUGACGCUCAUCCAGCACAUCCUCGCCUCGCUCUCCUCCGCCCCCUCCACCUCUUCGGCGGCCGACGCCGCCUCCGCGGCGGCGGCAGUCGCCGUGCGCUACUUCCGCACGCUGUACAACACGCUGCUGGACUUCCGGCUGUACGAGUCCUCGAAGCAGGCGAUGUACCUCAACCUGCUGUUCAAGAGCGUCAAGAGCGACGCGGACCCCGAGCGCGUGCGCGCGUUCGUGAAGCGCUUCUGCCAGGUGCUCGUGGGCGGGUUCGGCGGCGCGGAGUUCGUCGCCGGUGGGCUGUGGCUGCUCGGCGAGCUGUUCAAUACGGAGCCCGGGCUGAGAUCUAUGAUCGACAAGCCGGCGCCC